AAAUUCGACAUUUUAGAAAAAUGGCCACAAAAUAAACCAACUCUAAAUGACCUCUCCCGCAGCGGCGAAUAUUGAUAAAAUGCGAUUUUUCUUGAUAAAAGCUCAAAAACAUGCACAAAACUGCAUAAAUACUGUCACACACCUAACUCGGUGAACAGGAGUGAAAGCUGAAGUAAAAAAAAUAAAAAAUAAAAUUUUUUGUUAAAUUAUAAGUUUUCUUUCUCAACCUCACAAUAUAAUGUAAUGAUUUCCAGAAAAAAAAUCUGCUUUAAAAAAAUAUAAAAAAGUUGUGAAAAGUUAAAAGGAAAAAGAAAGAAAAACCCCCCUCCUAAAACCUUGACAAAAUGUGCAAGUUUGAGCCCAAAAUUCAGAAAUGGCAGUGUGAAUAAUGUGACAGGGGAAAAUGUCUGCUAAAGAAACCAUAAAGAAAAAGAAAAGAAAAAAAAAUCCCACAUCUCUAUUGAAUUCUCGUCUAGAGCCCCCCAGGGUGAGGGUGACUGGGGGUCUGUGGAGGGACAUGGUGUCUGGAGUCUUCAUUGCAUUGUGGGUGUCAGUACAAGUGACGCCAUAUUUGCCGGUGCCGCCGCUGUAAACAACAAAAAGUGUCUGAGGGAGACCGACAAGAGACGCUUCAGUGGAUUUCAGGACAUUUUAUUUGUUGUUGUGGGUGAUUUGCUCUCCUCUCGGCAGUCAUGUCUCUGGGAAUGUCUUACAAGCCCAACCUGAACGCGCAGCUCCACGGGAACCACGGGGCUCCGGCUGUAAGUGCACAUUCUCCUUCUACUAGCAUGGGAUCAUCUGCACAAUACAGACAGCUGGUGAACGAUUAUGGACCUCCAUCUUUGGGAUAUACCCAGGGCACUUCUAUUAAUCAGGCACCUCAAAGCAAGUAUGCUGAACUCCUUGCCAUCAUAGAGGAGCUAGGUAAAGAAAUUAGACCAACGUACGCUGGCAGUAAAAGUGCCAUGGAGAGAUUAAAACGAGGAAUCAUCCAUGCAAGAGGUUUGGUACGAGAAUGUUUAGCUGAGACAGAGCGAAACGCCAGGUCCUAGCCAUGCAAAUGCCUGCCUCUCUGAAGCAUACAAAGCUAAUUCCGGAUUCUUUUUUUUUUUUAAACUUCAGGGCAGUCUUUCUGAAUAUUUAGCCAGUGGGGUUCACUAACUCUGGGGAUCCCUGUAAUGUACUGUAAAGCUGCUAAACACAAGAUGCAAUUUUUACUUAGCAGACAGAAUUUCCAUGUACAGUAAAGUAUUUAAGGCUCUCUGGUUCUUUUUCUAAGAGUCCAAGGAAAUUCAUGAUUCCUUGGAACAUAAGCUACCAUACAGGUGAAACUCAAAAAAUUAGAAUAUCAUGCAAAGUUCAUUUAUUUCAGUAAUACAACUUAAAAUGUGAAACGAAUAUAUGAGAUAGACUCAUUACAUGCAAAGCGAG